AUGCUACUGAAAGAAAAAUUACGGCUGAAUAACCCAUGGACCCAGAAUUUUAUCUCUGGUGUUAUCCUGUUCCUCACUGUUGGCAUCUAUCUGGCGGUCAUUGGUCUUGGUGCAGGAGGAGGGAAAGCAAGUUCCGCUCAUGUUGCAACCAUUACGUAUACGUCCAUAUACGCCGUCUUUGCUGUUACCGGCUUCUUUGGUGGCAGUAUUAUGAACACGCUCGGACCGAGAUGGACAAUGACAAUAGGUUCACUGGGAUAUCCCCUCUAUAUUGCGAGUCUUUGGUACUAUGAUGUAACCGGGCAUGAAUGGUUUCCACUUAUGGCUGGUGUAUUCGGAGGCGCUGGUGCCGGCCUCCUCUGGACAGUUUCUGGUUUCAUCCACUGGAACACCAUCGAAUCCUCGUUUAAGACUUGGCAUACUAGGGCUACAAUGAUUGUCUCGCCUCGGAAGAUUAUCCGAGAAGAUGGAACUCAUCUUGCGGUCUUCACUGCGACUGAAUUCAGAACCGAACUCAAGGGAUGUGUUGAGUUAUUGAAAGACUGGAGGAUUGUUGCUCUUAUUGUCCCGAUGAUAGCCACGGAGAUGUCAUCAGCAUUGAUUCCCACGCUGAGCGCUUAUUCCUUUAACCUCCGCACGCGAUCAUUGAAUAAUGUCCUUUUCUGGGCCAUUCAAAUACCGGCAACUUUUCUCUAUGGGCUUGUGUUAGACAAUUCACGGUUUCGUAGACGUAUUCGGGGCUUGACAGCACUCAGUAUUGCCCUAGUCAUGGUCAUUAUCAGCUGGUCAUUGUCAAUCAUUAUUCAGGUAAAACACCAUCUGAAACGUGACCUCCCUUCUCCUGCUUGGGACUGGACAGACUCUGCCUUUGUGGAAUUCAGUAUCAUGGUCAUAUUCACCGGAAUUUCGUAUGCUAUUGAUCAAAUGGUUGUCAUGUGGGUCAUUAGCUCUUUCAGUAAUGAGCCCAGAUUGCUUGCCAGAUAUGGUGGAUUUUUCAAGGGAAUGUUGAGCGCAGGUUUGUGCAUUGCCUUUGGAAUGGAGUCUGGAAAGGUUUCCUACCUGAACCAAACAAUUACCCAGAGUGUUUUGAUGAUCAUUUCCUUCCCGAUUAUGUAUUAUAUUGUCAUGAAAUGUGUCCUUGAUACUAAUUACUUUACCGAGGACAAUGUUAUUCCUCCCCAGCAUGUGGGCAGUGAGAAAGUCCAAAUACUUAAUAUUGAGGACUCGGAGGGAAAAGCCGACGGUGAAGUAAUCAACUUGGACUAG